GCUAGUUUUUACCAAGACAACCAGCUAGGAGGGAAAAGAGAGAGAAAACAGAAAAAGUGACAAAACCAAACGGUUUGUAAAAUGUCCAGAGGCCAAAAUCUGAGAGCUUUGGUGGAGGAGCGUCUGACUGCGGCUGCUGAAGACAUAUAUGUGCUGUUUGAAAGAAUCACAACAGAAUAUGAGGAGGAACUGUGUCGCUGCAAACAGGAGAACGAGAGAAAGCAACGGCUCCUGGACUCGACUCUGAGCCCGAGAGUCGUGCUGACCAGAGCCGGUGUCCACAUGUCCUCUCUUAGUCCUGGUUUCACUCUGAAACAGGAAAUCCCAGAGACUCCACAGAUUAAAGAGGAGACAGAAGAAGAGCACAUCAAACAGGAGGAAGAGGAGCUGCACAUGUCUGUCCCUGAGUCCAAUGAUGGCUGUGUGAAAACAGAAGAGUCCUCACUGCCUCAACGAAAAGAAACUGAUCACAGAGCGGACAUGCAGGGAGAGGACAUCAACUCAGAGACAUGUGUCUACAGAGAGAACACGCAGGGAGAGGACAUCAAUUCAGAGACAUGUGUCCACAGAGAGGACACACAGGGAGAAAAUAUCAGCUCAGAGACACUUGUUCACAGAGAGGGGACACAGGGAAAGGGCAUCGGCUCAGAGACACAUGUCCACCCCGAGACUGAAGGAGACAGGGAGCAGCACUCUUCUGACAUUGACCGUGAUGAAGACUGGCGUGCUCCAAUCGACUUUUCAGCUGCACAGAUGGAGACAGAGGCAGAUGGAGACCUCUACAACCACGUCCAGAUCAGAGCAAAAAGCACCACUGCACCAAACUCAGGUCUAUUCCCCAAACACAAGUCUGCACCAGAGACCAGAGCCACAGUGGACAAUGGGGACAUGUCAGGAACAGCCGAAAGACCUGCAGGGGAGAAACACCAGUUCUCUGUUGGUAAAAAGAGAUUUGACUUAAAAAACAAUUUAGAAAGAGUUGAUAGAAGAGAGAAACCUUACAGCUGUUCUGUCUGUGAGAAAGCAUUUACUCAAAAGAUUCAUCUGACACUACACAUGAGAACACACACAGGAGACAAACCUUACAGCUGUUCUGUCUGUGAGAAAGCAUUUACUCAAAAGAUUACUCUCACACUACACAUGAGAACACACACAGGAGACAAACCUUACAGCUGUUCUAUUUGUGAAAAAGCAUUUACUCGAAAGAAUCGUCUCACAGGCCACAUGAGAACACACACAGGCGACAAACCUUACAGCUGUUCUGUCUGUGUGAAAACAUUUAAUCUAAAGAGUAAUCUCAUAAAACACAUGAGAACUCACACGGGUGACAAACCUUACAACUGUUCUGUUUGUGAAACAGCAUUUACUCAAAAGAGUCAUCUCACAGACCACAUGAGAACACACACAACAGACAAACCUUACAGCUGUUCUGUUUGUAAAAAAUCAUUUACUCAAAAGAUUCAUCUCACACAGCACUUGAGAACACACACAGGAGACAAACCUUACAGCUGUUCUGUCUGUGAGAAAGCAUUUUCUCAAAAGAUUCAUCUCACACAACACUUUAGAACACACACAGGAGACAAACCUUACAGCUGUUCUGUCUGUGAGAAAGCAUUUACUCAAAAGAUUACUCUUACACUACACAUGAGAACACACACUGGAGACAAACCUUACAGCUGUUCUGUCUGUGAGAAAGCAUUUACUCUUAAGGGUCAUCUCAGAGACCACAUGAGAACACACACGGGAGACAAACCAUACAGCUGUUCUGUCUGUGAGAAAGCAUUUACUCGAAAGAGUUAUCUCCCAAAGCACAUGAGAACACACACAGGAGACAAGCCUUACAGCUGUUCUGUCUGUGAGAAAGCAUUUAGUCUAAAGUGUACUCUCAGAAAUCACAUGAGAACACACACAGGAGACAAACCUUACAGUUGUUCUGUCUGUAAUAAACAAUUUACCUACAGCAGUGUUCUGAAAAAACAUAUGAGAACUCACUCACAAGAGAAAUAGGUUGAACAGAGGGUGACUGAAAAUGAGAAUGAUAUUCUGCUAUAGUUAUAAUGCUAUAGUAUAUUGUACUGUUAAGAAAAUAAAUGUUUGUGCUU